ACACACACCCAGUCCUCUCUCGUCCUCGUCAUCCUCUCACAUUCCCUCUCCUCCUCCAUCCAGCAACAUCCUGCUCUCGCCCACCACCUCGAGCCACCAUGGCCAGCACCCUCUCAGCCUACUCGGACAAGAUCAAAGAAAUGUCCAUGCUGUCUCUGAUCUGUUCCUGCUUCUACUCACAACCACAUCCCAACAGCCUCGCCCAGUAUGGAGACAUGGAGGUAAAGUCCCUAAACAAGCGGGCUUCAGGCCAGGCCUUUGAGGUCAUCCUCAAGGCCCCUGCUGACCUCUCCCCUGAUAGGCCCCAGCCCCUGCUCUCUCCUCCCAAGAAGGACCUCUCCAUGGAGGAGCUACAGAAGAGGCUGGAAGCUGCAGAGGAGAGGAGGAAGUCUCAGGAGGCCCUGGUGCUGAAGCAGCUGGCCGAGAAACGGGAGCACGAGAGGGAUGUGCUCCACAAGGCCCUGGAGGAGAACAACAACUUUAGCAGGAUGGCAGAGGAGAAGCUCAACUACAAGAUGGAGGUGAACAGAGAGAACCGGGAGGCCCACCUGAACGCGCUGAAGCAUCGGCUUCGGGAGAAGGAAAUGCAUGCGGCUGAAGUUCGCAGAAACAAGGAGCUGCAAGCAGACCUCUCUGGCUGAAAACAUAUUCGACGGGUCCAUGAGUUCUCAUCUGAUGGGUUUUGGUUCAGGAAAAUGCUACUUUGUCAAAUUUCAAUGUCUCAAAGGCUCUUGCAUUGUCCAAUGUCUACUGGUUCCACAAGCUUAUAAUUUAACACCAAUUUACACUAGUUGUUUCUCAUAUAUUUAUUUUUUUGAAACCAUAACUAUUUCUAUCUGUAGGCACAGAUUCUCUGAUGUUGAGAACAAAUAGAGCUCAAGUCCAAGGUCAAGGGUCAGAUUCACUAAACAUUUACACCUGUGUUAACACAACACCUGUGACGUCAUACAAAGGGACUAGAAAGGAAAAAUAUCUUCACCGUUGAUGAUGAUGAUAAGCUACUCAUCUGUUCAUUUCAAGAUACUGUCAUGCUUGGUUCUAUCUGAAAAGGAAACCUGUUGUAAUUUUACACUUGGAUAUGCUUACGUAUAAGUCUGUCCCACUGAAUCAGACUAAGCCUUUAGCACAGGGAAAGACAUGAAUCCCUUUAGCAUGGCUCUGCUCCCACAUCACAAAAUAUCUCACACAACACACACAUAUAUAAACACAGUUCAAUGGCAAUGUGAAAUUCCUAGAGAACGUAACGUCAGUGUUGCAUCUAUUCAGCGCGUGAGUCAGUUACACAUGUUGCACUACCGACCCUCCCUCAUCGUAACCAAACAAAUGUCCUUGAGCCGUUCACUAAAUAUCUACAACACUGGGGAUAUUCCGAUGUGGGGACAGAGUCAAGCUCAACAGAUUGAAGUGCUGUCCUCUACGGGAGGUCAGCUUGGAUUCAGUACAAACGGGCUGAAUGACAAUAACUCAAGAUAUUUAGCACAAUCUACAGGCCAACACCACUUCCCGGUCAUUUGUCAUGUACUGUGCAGUAGUCUCGCCUGUUUGUCAGCCUGAGCAGCUGUCUACAAUCGAGCAUGUGACGUUACUCAAGCGGUUGUAUAAAAUGGAGCACGGGCGCAUUCGGGCUUCGGUUCAAUAAAGGUCAGUAUUCACUUCACUGUAGGGGUGAGUAAUUAUACAACACGUUCGUUUUUCUCAAACUUCCGUCUGAAGCUCCCAUUUCAAGCUUCAGUCUUCUCUAAGGUUUCGGCUUUUUGUAUGAAAUGAGCCCCUCAAGAGUAAGUCAGUGUGUAACGUUGUAGUGCCACAGUAAUCUUAGUUUAAACUAAGUCACAGAGACAUUGUGACAGAAUCUAAUUUAUGCAAAUCAUAUGCAAAAUGUAUGGACGUGUGCAAAGAUGACAUGCGGACACGGCACUGAAUGCCUUGCUGAACACACUUGCCUUUCUAGCAGCAGAUAGUCUCUCCAGCCUGGUUUCUCCAUAGCAGUAUAACCGGGGUCAAUGCUGCUCACCUUCCAUGGGGCUUUGCUGGGACACAAACCCCCCCAUCAUCAUGGGACUUCACUUUGCUGACUGUCGCCAAGCCUUAAUUUACCUUGCCAUUGUGCCAACUUCUGUUUAUUUACUCUGUGUCUGGGGUUCCAGGUCCUUGGCUAGUCAUUUAACGUAUCAAACACAUAAGGCAAAUCUGUGCAGAUAAAUCAAUAUCUCCCUGUUGUGGAAAUUAUGAAACAGGACAACAUAACGACAGAGUGUACCUGAGUUCUUUAUGAGUUUUACAUGGGAGAAAGUCGUUGGCUAGUCGAGUUUCUCUGACAACAACCCGAACAAAGUCCUCAUAAAGGAGUGAGACGUGCAAAGAUAAGACCAUACAUCACUAGAGAAAGUGCUAACAACGCUUUCGAUCGUAUUUCACAGAAUCAAUAAAUGAAUUAUUGCUAGUUUAAUGGGUUGGUUAAUUAUUGAGUUAAUGUUGCAUUCAAACAAAUGAAGUUGCAGGCCAGGGACCUAUAGUCAGUCUGAUCACAUCACUUUCAUGCUAUCGUUAUAUCAUCUAUUCUGCCUCCUGACAAAAAAAUAAUAAUGAAAUACCUUGGUUUCUUUUAGUGUUACAAAGCGGUGUACAACGUAAAAACAGAGUUUAAUGUAGACUUCCACAAAAGGUUGUUGAGAAACCGGUGCAUAUUUUCUUCAAUACUGUAUAAUGAUGCCGACGCCCAAAUCACAAAAACGAAACUUAAUUCAUCAGCGAAUGAAACGUGUCAGCGGUCGGAGGGAUAUAUAUAAGAUACGUGUGUCUGUGGUGUUCCAAUUUAGAAAAUCCUAUCCUGAAGCAGUUGUGGUAAGUUCCGCAUUUAAUAAAUAAAUACAUUUACAACGUUUAUAGUGUAUAAUGUUUGGACUAUAAACCGUUGAAUGGGAACCGUCAGCCGCGCAAUUUAACACUGCAACUAUUUUAUUUAAUGGGGGCACUUUUUUGUGAUAACUGCCAAGUAGGGUUAGGUUGACAACUUUUUCUAAAUGCCCUACAUGGUAUAUCUAAGGUAUAGCACCCGCACAUUGUUAAGAAUGGGGCUAUAAUAUUUCUUCUAAUAUUUGUGUCUUGAAAUAUAAUUUCACAUUCUAAAUACAUGAAAUGUAAUUACCACCGUUUAAAAUACAAAGAAAAGUAUAGAAUGACGAACCAAAUAAAUACACAGUGAGGGAAAACAUUUGAAAAUGUUCAACCCGAUUUUUCUCAUUUCUCAUUACAAAUUCUUAUUAUGCUACGGGUAUUAAUUCGUCUAGUAACUUAACCAGUGAACAUCGUACGCCGACCUCCGGAAGUCUUGGGUGCGGGCACGGUUGGGGUGCACGGUUUUUGCAUAGUACAGCAUACAGCGUUGUGAAGUAAGCUAGAUCGGGGCAAAAUUAACACUUGCUGAGUUUUUCUUAUUAAAAUGCUAUUUAAUAUUACGAUUUGUAUUCAGUCAUGAUACAUUUUAGCUACUAUUACAGACUUCUCUUGUUUCUAGGAUAUAGUAUUAUUCAUAAUCCACCUGAAAGUAGGCUACUUCAUAAAAUAUCUACAGUAGGCCUAAUUGUAUCAGGAAGUUGCAUUCAUGCAGGACUGUAAUAUUAAGUGGUAAAAAUCAGGAGUAAUUGAGUGUAAUUAUUCGAUGAAAAUACACGAAAUUGACAAAUAUUAAUUAAAUAAUUAAAUGUGAUAUAUUUUAGACAUAUGUCAUAUUGACCAAAAACUGAGAUGCACAAGUAUUCAUAUUUAAUUUAACAUAUAUUAUUCAGAACUUUAGCGUUUCUAUGGCAUUUUCCUACUGGUCAUAACAUUUCAUUUUAUGAAUACAAGUACCAUAAAAUACCAUUGCAAUUUAGCCCCCGAUCUUACUUAUUAGGUGAGUCUCGUAAGAAAAUACAUUACGUUAACUAAUCAAGACACCGUCUUGGAUUUAUGACUAGAUAAAAUGAGAAAAGGUUUCACAGGUCAAUAAUUAAAAAAAUAUAUAUAAAAUGUAGCUUACCCCGACGAAGCAUUGUCAUGGAUAACAUUCUGCGGUUUAUCAUUUCAGUUAUUAAGUUAUGUUAAUUGGUGAACCAGUAUCUCUUACGGUGCAAUACAGCUUAGCACAGUGGUGUACAGUAAACAAAAAAAAGAUAUCGUUCUGUAGAGUAGGUCAUAUGCGGUGCAGUGUAAUAUAUUGCAUUGCAUCUUACUGUACUCUAUUUAACUAAAGGUGUACUGAAUGAAUCUUUGUUGUACUCAACUGAAUUGAACUAUAUUGUACUGAAUUCAACUGUACUGUUCUCUAAUGUGUUCAAUAAAAUUAAACUCAACUGUGUUCGGUUUUGCUGAAUAAAACGUAUAUGCUCAAUUGUAAAUUCA